AUGAGAGGUGAAAGAAGCACAAGUAUUACAUCCAAUCCUCCUGGCGCACCCUCUCGGUCUCUCUUAAAUACAAUAUUCUUGAAUAUUGAAGAUCUUCUUGACUAUUUGUUGGUUGAAAUCCUUUGUCGACUACCUUGCAAGUUUGUUUUACGAUGCAAGUGUGUGUGCAAAUCUUGGUCGACUCUCAUCUCCCAUCCUUAUUUUGAAAGCCGUCGUGCUCUAUAUCUCCAAGACAAUUGUGACAACGAGCAAAUUCCCAUGUUUGUCGAACAUUCAUACCCUUUGGCAGAUAGCACAACAGAAUUGUUUACAAUUGAUUCCAAGCAGACUCCUCCUCAGUUAAGAGCAAUCGAUUUUCGUCCCAGCAAGCUGGUUGUGGUAGCGACAUACAAUGACUUGAUUUUAUUGUGUGAAACAUUGGGUUUCCUAAUGAAUUACUACAUUUGCAAUCCGUACACCAAGCAAUGGGUUGCUCUUCCUCCUACCAUUCUGUCCCCCUUAACAGAUGUAGAUGUGGGAUUUAUCUGUGAUUCCGACUAUAGGUGCCGGAUUGUACGAUUCCUUGAGUAUGAAGCAGAACCUACCUUCCCAUUAAAGGUGGAGACGUUCUCUUCCGAGACUGGUAAAUGGAAAGAAUCAGUUGUCCUACGCCCACAAUGGUUUAGACCUGCUCAUCUCAAGCACAGUACACCAGCCCUUGCUUAUGAUGGAACGUUGUACUGGUUAGGUCGCAGUGGGUUUCUUAUUGGGUUGGAGCCUUUCAAGCUCGACAAUAACAAUAACCAUAACUAUCAUUAUUGUCAUUUUAUUUGCGGGCCUCGUUCCUGGUUUGCAGCCUUUUAUAAUCCAUACAAUUACACCGAUUGCCUGGGUGUCUGCCGGGGUUGUGUGAGGAUGUGCCGGCUCUAUACUUUGUCACGUUUCAUUCUUUAUGUGUGGGAGCUGAAAGAAGAUAGCGAUCGUCAGGUGGAAGGAGUUGGAGGCGAAAUGAUGAAAUGGUGUUUAAAGGACAGGGUCUUCCUGGACCAACUUGAAUCGAACAAUCGGAUGUCUAAUCGUUACCGCGCUCUGGAUUUGGACCCAAAUGAUGAAGACAUACUGUACCUGCUACGGAAAACCAUCAUCUCCGGUCCAGAAUAUCACACACACAGCGACAUUGUUACGUGCAAUAUUCGUACAAAAACGGUAAUUGACAUCUCUCCAAUGUUGCCAUUCUCUAAUAGUUGGACAGAGAUAAAGGCAUUUCCAUUUAUGCUCCCAUGGUUGCGAUGGCCAACACCGGUUCCUAAAUUAGACGGGCCAUAA